GUCAUUUUUCCUUACAGUGAACAGUGAAUGAGAUGGACUUGAUUAUAUGGGGCAGUAGAAGAGAAAACGAGAUGGACUCUGGAUACAUGAUUAGGAUUAGAACAUUUUCCUAGUAAACAUCACACGUCCAUCAUUCAUCUCCCAGUUCCUUUGAAUUUGCCAAUUUGUACUAACCAGAACCAUUAAUCCUCAUCAAAUUCUUGGAAACAGUUGGGGACUGAAGAAAAGAGAGGGGGGGGGGGGGGAGGAAGGUGGGAGCUUAUGAACAAAUUGAAUUGGCGUCGACUACACUUAUCUAUUAAGAUAUGUCAACAGCACAACCAAAUAGAAUUGAUCCAACAAAUCCACUCCUCAGUAAAUUCUGGGGGCCCCAUAUGCUCCAUUGUUGCUUCGAAUAGACUCUUGGAUGGUUUGUCAAAAUCUGGACGGGUUGAUGAAGCCCGUAAUUUAUUUCAUGAAAUGACAAAUCGAGAUGAGUUCACUUGGAAUACCAUGAUUGCAGCAUAUGCCAGAUCAGGACGACUAACUGAAGCUCGACAACUUUUUGAUGAGACCCCAAAUCGGAGUUCUAUUGCAUGGUCUUCCCUUAUCUCUGGGUAUUCUCGUGUGGGAUGUGGCAUGGAAGCGCUUGAGUUGUUUUGGGAAAUGCAAUUGGAAGGACUCAAGCCCAACCAAUACACUUUGGGCAGUGUUCUUCGUGCUUGCUCCAUUGUUGUGGCACUCCAAAGAGGGCAACAGAUUCAUGCCUAUACUAUCAAGACUCAAUUUGAUACAAACAUUUUUGUUGUCACAGGACUUGUGGACAUGUAUGCCAAGGGCAAGCAAGUUUUGGAGGCAGAGUAUUUAUUUGAGACUAUGCCUGACAAAAAUAAUCAUGUGUUGUGGACUGCCAUGGUCACUGGAUACUCUCAGAAUGGGGACGCGAUUAGAGCAAUGCAAUGUUUCCGGGGCAUGAGGUUGGAAGGCAUUGGGUCAAAUCAGUUCACCUUUCCCAGUGUGUUAACUAGUUGUGCAGCAGCUUUGGACCUUGGAUUUGGAAAGCAAGUGCAUGGUUGCAUAAUUCGGAGUGGUUUUGGGGCAAACAUAUUUGUUGAGAGUGCAUUAGUUGAUAUGUAUGCAAAAUGUAGGGACUUGAAUAGUGCAAGGAGGGUAUUGGAGGCUAUGGAGGUUGAAGACAUUGUUUCUUGGAACUCUUUGAUUGUUGGCUAUGUAAGGCAAGGGUUAGAAGAAGAAGCACUUUACUUAUUUAAGAUAAUGCACUUGAAAAAUAUGAAGAUGGAUGAUUUCACUUACCCAUCCGUUCUAAACUCGUUUGCCUCCAUUAUGGAUAUACAAAAUGCCCAGUCUGUUCAUUGCUCGAUUGUGAAAACUGGUUUUGAAGCUUACAGACAUGUGAGCAACGCUCUUGUAGACAUGUAUGCAAAGCGAGGAAGUUUAGAUUGGGCUUCUAGAGUUUUCCACCAAAUGCCUGAGCAGGAUGUGGUGUCAUGGACUUCGUUGAUCACUGGUUACACACACCACGGGUCCCAUGAAGAAGCACUGAUGUUGUUCUGUGAUAUGAGAAUUGCAGGCAUUGAUCCAGACCAAUUUGUCAUUGCCAGCAUUUUGAGUGCUUGUGCUGAACUAACUGUUUUAGAGUUUGGGCGACAAGUACAUGCCAAUUUCGUUAGCUAUGGCUUUCAAUCAUCCUUAUCAGUAGAGAAUUCACUAGUAACAAUGUAUGCUAAAUGCGGGUGCAUAGAGGAUGCUUAUCAAGUAUUUGACUCCAUGCCAAUCCGGGACGUGGUCUCUUGGACUGCUUUGAUUGUUGGCCUUGCUAAGAAUGGUAGGGGAAAAGACUCCCUUCUACUCUAUGAGAAGAUGAUCAUGACUGGCACAAGCCCUGACUUUGUUACUUUCAUUGGCUUGCUGUUCGCUUGCAGCCAUGCAGGUCUUGUCGAUGAUGGUUGCCGCUACUUCCAGUCUAUGGAUAAGGUCCAUGGUAUUACACCUGGCCCUGAACACUAUGCUUGUAUAAUUGAUCUUCUUGGGCGAUCUGGGAAGAUGGAUGAAGUGAAGGAAUUGCUGAAUCAAAUGACAGUUAAACCUGAUGCAACUAUAUGGAAGGCAGUGCUAGCUGCAUGUAGGAUCCAUGGGAACUUGGAGUUGGCUGUGGGAGCUGCAAGGAACCUCUUUGAAUUGGAACCUUUCAAUGCAGUGCCAUAUGUUCUUCUAUCUAAUAUUUAUUCAGCAGCUGGUAGAUGGGAUGAUGCUGCAAAUGUACGCAGACUGAUGAAGUCAAAAGGUAUUACUAAGGAGCCUGGAUGUAGUUGGAUUGAGAUGAACAGAAGAAUCCACACCUUUAUGGCUGAAGAUAGAAGCCACCAAAUGAUGUCAGAAAUAUAUGCCAAGCUCAAUGAGAUAAUGAUCUCAAUUAAGAAAGCUGGGUAUGUGCCAGACAUGGAUUGUGUGCUCCAUGACAUGGAAGAAGAGGGUAAGGAGCUUGGUCUUGCUUAUCAUAGCGAGAAGUUAGCUGUUGCUUUUGGGCUUCUCAGCAUGCCUCCUGGAGUGCCUAUUAGGAUUUUCAAGAAUCUCCGUGUGUGUGGGGAUUGUCACACUGCUAUGAAAUUCAUAUCAAAAGUUUUUGAACGACGUAUUAUCUUAAGGGAUCCAAAUUGUUUUCAUCACUUCAGUGAGCAAACAUGUUCUUGUAAGGAUUAUUGGUAGAAUCAUGGCUCUUGCAUCUGUUAAUAUGCUCUCCCUCUGCCUCAUUUUCUUCCCCAUUUCCUGAGGGUUCUUGAAUCUGGUACAAGCUAUGGAUAAGAAAACAGAG